AUCACUGCCAACGACCCGACACGACACCAAAGCUCGACGCCAGCGAGCUCGUCCCUCUCCCCGAUGUUCCGACCACGGCCAGCCCAUGCACUGUCAAUAUGGCUUCUCCUUCUAGUAUUCUGCACAACGGUUGCCAACGCACUGCAUUUCUACCUUGACGCUGGAGAGAAACGAUGUUUCCUGGAAGAGAUUCCGAGUGACACUGUGGUCGAAGGUCAUUACAAGGCCCUUGAAUGGAAUGAGCAUGAGCAGAAGUACGUAAACAACCCGGACCUAGGAAUCCUCGUUGAGGUCGACGAGCUUGAAUCUGGGGAUAACGUUGUGAAGACUCGAGGGCCUUCGGAAGGUCGCUUUACCUUCACUUCACACGACUCAGGAGACCACUCCGUCUGCCUGUCAUCUAACUACGGGAAUGCCUGGUUUACCAAGACCCACAUUCGCCUUUACCUCGACAUCGUUGUUGGCAGUACGAAACCUGAUCGUGAACAUGAUCGUUCCCACGUUAGCGAGCUCUCAUCCAAAUUGCGCGACUUGAACCAAAAGCUAGAAGAUGUUCGGAGGGAGCAGCAAUAUCAGCGCGAACGGGAGGCGAACUUUAGGGACCUCAGCGAGUUGACGAAUAGUAGGGCUGUAUGGUAUAGUAUUGCUCAGAUAAUUGUGCUGGUCGCGACCUGUGCAUGGCAGCUGAGGCAUUUGAGGAGAUUCUUCGAGGAUAGGAAAAUGCAUUAAUAUAUUCCUGGCUUUCUUUCUCGGAUUUAUCGCUUUCUUGCUUGCUAUCAUACCCUGCUUUCUAUUGAGCUGGUUCGAACCUCAACAGAACCUUCCUCCCAUACCGACCCUCCUGUAUCUUCGCAAUGACGCUUCGGACCUGCUGAGCAACCUCUUCGUCGCUGGCCGUGCCUUUCAGGUUCAAUAUUUCAUAUUCUGGUUCUCGCAACUGAUCAAAUGAACUAUGUUCAGCAAAGCAUUUCUACUGGACAAGCCACUAUUACGCACCUUGAGCUCGGCCAGUGUCUUCAUGAGCUCUUCCCUCUGUUGUAUGGAGUGUUCUUCAUACCAUUUGGAUUGCCUAAAAUCAUUGACUAUUGGUUAUAAACCU